UGUUCAACUGGUGCGUAGAAGAAGACAGGCGCCGCUGCGAUCCCUUAACAAACAUAUUUGUAACUGUGACCGAUUAGAAUUUAUGAAUUUCAGUGGUUGGGUCACAAUGUAGAAAAAAUAGAAAAAUACAUAUUUUUCUAUAAAUAAGUGAAAUGUUUGAUACAAAACGUUGUCUUGUGGGGUUUAAGUAGAGAGUUGCUUAGCUCGUUAAGGUUACGCUAAGGAGCAGUUAGCUUGCUAGCUGACUGGAGCGCCGCUGCAGUUUUGCUCUCCAGUCAUGAGCGAAGAAGACAACACGCUUCCAGCCGCGAGUAAAGAUAAAGACUCGACUCUGCUGCUUACUAAGGACGGGCAGAGGUACUAUGUGAGCAAAAGCGGAGCUGUCGACAGCAGGAACGUGAUAACACUGCACGAGCCGGACAACAAUGCCUCGUCGUGCGACGCGGACGAUCCGGACGAAGAGAGCGACGUUCUGGACACGUCGGACCCCAGAGACAGCGCAGCCAGCCCGGAGGAGCUGAACGACGAGGAGACCUCGGAGGGGGACAACGCCCCCAAGCAGUGCAUUUAUGAGGGAUGCAAAGAGACCACGACGCAGGUGGCAAAGCAGAGGAAACCGUGGAUGUGCAAAAAACACCGCAACAAGAUGUACAAAGACAAGUACAAGAAAAAGAAGAGUGAUCAGGCCAUGUCCAGCGGGAAACUAGAUGAGAACUCUGAAGAGCGGCCCGUGUCGGUGAACAAACAACGCUUGAGUGCCAUGGGGGACCGACCAGCCAGACCUUCACUGAUAGAGCAGGUCUUGAAUCAGAAAAGACUGUCUCUGCUCAGAAGUCCAGAGGUGAUCAGCUUCCUGCAGCAGCAGCAGCAGCUCCUGGUCUCACAGAGCCGCAGCCAAGCACAGCAGCAGUUCCAGGGCUGUUGACCACAACUGAUCAAUAUGCAACAGUAUUUGUCAAAUCCUCAGACGAUGAGAGGAAGGACACUCCUUCCAUUGAAGCAUGACUUUGUCUAGAUUGGGAUUAAAAAAAAACUGCAGGGACAAAUGGACAAAUUUGGAGCAUGUUGAGACAUGUCAAAUAAAUUAAUAUAUUAAAUUAUAAUAAAGUAUAUUGAUGCCUGAUGGGGCAUACAUAAAGAACUCGCUCAGAAGAAGUGUGGACAUCUUUAAGUAGCAGAGUCUUCAGCUUUUAAUGAAGUUCAUUUUUUAUGUGCAGCCAGUUUUUCUUUGCUAAAACUGUUCAUCGAUCCAUUUAAAUCCUUUAAAAGCCAGUAGCAAUGAAGGCUGUGGAUCACAAUGGUUUAAAUAUGUGGAAAUACCUUCUAUGUUAUUGUUUUUUAUAUUAAUAUUCAGUAUUUUAAACCUCCCUAGAUGUUAAUGUGACAAUCAGUUGUCUUUCAAAGUUCAUGUUUUUAUUUAACUUUCGGUUCAAAUCUAACUGUAGCACAAAAAGGCAACAAAUGACGUUAAUGUGCCAUCUGUUAGUAAAGUGUGGUAAGAUGGGAGAAGUUUCUCUCCAGUCAGGGUCUGUUUGUAGUUUGUACCCCCUACUGAAUAUUGAUGAUUAAACAUAAAAAAACAUGGAAAUAAU